UUCUGUUCCUAUUUGAAAUCAAUCCACUUUACUUCGCCAAAAAAACUUUGUUCAAGGUUUGCAAUGACAUCCAAAGAUAUUGUUACGGUAUCGCCGGAAAAGGCGCAUGUCUUCAUUACAUCAGUGCUUUCCAAAUACGGUCUGCCAUCCGACCGCGCAACUAUUGUAGCAGAUGCAUUAGUCCUCGCAGAUCUCCGUGGUGUUGACACACAUGGCAUCAAUCGACUGGGCGGCUAUCUCGAUCGCGUGAAGCACGGCGUUCUGGAUCCUAAUCCAGAUCUCUCAUUUGAGAUGAAGACGCCCGUGAUGGCACAUCUGGAUGCUAAAAACACAUUUGGAUUUGUUGCCGGAUCGCUUGCUAUUGAUAAAGGAAUCGAGAUCGCAAGCAAGUAUGGGUUCGGAAUAAUUGCUGUCAAGAAUAGCAACCACUAUGGUAUGGGCGCCACAUAUCUCUUGAAAGCUAUCGCGAGAGGCUAUGGAGCCUUUGCAUUCACCAAUGCAUCUAAGUCAAUGCCACCAUGGGGUGGGAAAGAGCCACUUUUUGGUACGAGUCCUUUUGCGGUUGGGCUUCCAGGUGGCAAAGAAGGAGAUUUUGUCCUAGACAUGAGCCCGAGUGUCGCCGCCAGGGGAAAGAUCCGAAAAGCAGCUAGGAGAGGAGAACCAAUCCCUGAAGGCUAUGCUCUUGAUAUAGAUGGCAAACCGACAACGAACCCGGAGGAUGCAUUGAGGGGCGUGGUCCUUCCUAUUGGUGGACCAAAAGGAUCUGGAUUGGCCAUGAUGAUGGAUAUAUUUGGGGGCUUGUUGUCUGGGGCAGCAUUUGCCGGUAACGUUAACGAUCAGUACAAGGACUUGGAUCACCCACAAGGAGUCGGCCAUUGGUUCAUGGUGUUCAGGCCAGAGAUGUUUCUAGAUUCGAGUGAAGAAUAUACGACGAAAAUGGAUACGUUGCUGUCGAGGGUGAGAAGUUGCGAAAAGGCAGUAGGAGCUGAUAAGAUAUAUGUAUCUGGAGAAAUCGAGAAGGAACUAGAGGCGAAGCGAAGAAGGGAAGGGAUUCCAUACACUCAAAGAGAGGUGAACGCGCUUCAUAAACUUGCCGAAGAAGUUGGAAGCCUUGUUAGAUUGUGA